AUGCAGGAAAUGAAAGAGGCUUUCACCAUGAUCGAUCAAAAUAGAGAUGGUAUCAUUGAUCUUGAAGAUCUUAAAGAUAUGUACUCUAACUUAGGUCGAAUUCCCCCAGAUUCAGAAUUAAAUGAAAUGUUGAAAGAAGCCCCCGGUGCCCUCAACUUCACAACGUUCCUUAACUUGUUUGGUGAAAAAUUGAGUGGUACUGAUCCAGAAAACACAAUCAUUGACGCCUUCGCCAUGUUUGAUGAUGAGGCCAAGGGAUGGUUACCAGAAGAAUAUUUGAAAGAUUUACUCCAGAAUAUGGGUGAUAACUUCACACAAGAUGAGAUUAAACAAACGUGGAAAGAAGCCAAUAUAGAAAAAGGUAGAUUUGACUACAAAACUUUCACUGGUUUGAUCAAGGGUAAACAGUCAGAAGAUGAAAUAGCUGCAUAA